AGUAGCGUGGAUGGAGAGAAUAACGCGUGGCUGGAGGAACAAUUGAAAAAUGGAUAAGAUAAUACAACAAAAGGAUGAUCAAAUUAUGAAGCUGCAGGCCCAAUUAUUGGAACAACACAAAAUAUUAGAUAACAGCAAAGCUAAGGAUGCUCAAAUUUUGAGUCUACAAGCUCAGCUAGGGGAAAAGAACAAAUUGGAACAGAACAGUUUCCAAACAGUGAAGGAGGUUUUUCCAAACUCAUCCCUAACUGAACAUGAGGAUGAAUUGGCAUUAGGCGAACACAGUCAGUUAUUCAGUCUACCACCUGACAGUGUGUUAAAGUUAAAUUCUGUUAGUGCUGCACUAAAAGAAUUGUUAGUAAUAAGUCCAUGCAGUGAAGGAAGUGAACAAUUGUGGGACCGUAUUUGGGCUGAAAAUGUGUGUGGUACGGAAACCCAGAAAUAGCAUGAGUUUAACAUAAAACAUG